AUGUCAUGCAACAACACUGUCCUCCAUCCAGGAAUCAGCCGCGUCCUUCGUUUCGAUCAAGGUUUCUUUGGUGUGCGGCGCUGCAUCACUGCACGACGAGACCGAUCUUCUGGUGCUCUCCUGCAAAGCUCGUGUUGUGGAAAUGUUCGUGCAGCGGACUGGCUGAGAGGAGCUGAGCAGAGAGGAAUCACUGCGAGGCAAGAUCUAGGAGCGCUUCAAGCUGUCUGCUCUGGUUGUCCCUCACCAUGUGUCAACAAGAUUAUGUACCAUAUCAAUGAGAUGAAGAAGUUACUGGAACAAAUAUGUCAGCAGGUAAGCAAAUGUCAUAUGGGAUCACAUUUAAUGUUUUUGUCCACCUUGCAUCAGUCUGGAGAAUAUCAGCCACCAGCAGAUCUUUACAUUGAAGGCAUAGGAAUCUCUGCCAAAGAACAUUGUCCAUUACAGAAAAAGGUAAAUGAUGUCUUAACCGAAACUGUGCAUCUGGUUGAACUUUUGGAGGCUGAUCGGCAGCAUCUAAGGGAAGCUCUCGAUAAAGAGAAGAAAAUAAAAAUAUUGCUGAACAGCAAGCUUGACAAUCUUUCACUGUAGAAGCAAAAAGAAUACUGUAUUGAUAUCCAGAAAGAGCAUGAGGCUUCCAGUAGAGAAAUCAGGGAGUUGAAGUAGCACCUUAAACUGGAAAAACAGAAACUUGAGCAAGUCCAAGAGAAAUUGUCAUCCGCUGAGGUAUUGAAUCAGCACUUAAAGGAAGACAUGGAAUCUGCCCUAAAAGAAUUAUGCAUUGCAAGAAAAAACCUGGAAAUCCAGAAAGAUGAGCUAAAUCAAAUUAAUAUGGCACAAACCGAGGCCAGUGAAGUUUUAUCAAAAGCACAAAAGGAUGAGCUGCUAGCUCAGAAGGAGUUAAAAGAGAAGAGACUUAAUGUCAGCGAGGAGAAGAUGUCAUUGGAGCAUGCACUACUAGCUAUGAAGAAUCAGCUCGGAAGCGCUUCUUUUGCAGCUCUCCAUAAAGAAAACAUUGACAUUAAACAUAUUAUAAAGGGCUACAGGAUGAACAUUUCUGAGAGUGAAGAAACAAUGGCGCAGCUGCAUGAGGAGAUGCACCAGAUGGUCCAGAAAAUCACUGACAUCGAUGAGCAGUAACAAAAGGCCACAAAAGAAGUGACAGAUAAGUUAACCCUAGUUGAAGCUGAGCAUAGUCUCUGGAAAAACAAGCUGGAAAAACAGAAGGACUUCUUGGAAGAUCAGAGAGCCAGGAGAGAAAUUGACAAUUUGACUGAAGAGCUGGAAAAUUGCAGGAACGACCUGAAAGCUCAAAAGGCUCAGUUUGUAUAUGUCAAUGAAAGACUGAAGCAACACCAAAUUAAUUCAAAGCAAACCCACCAACAACUUCAGGAAGAAUUUCAAGAUGCAUCCUCAGCAACAACAGAACUUGAAGCAAUAAUAGAGAAAAUAAAAACGCUGACGGAUAACUGGGAAAAGAUGCAGUGUAAACAAAAUGAGACAAUGGUCACUCUAGAGAAAGAGAAAAAACUCAGACGCGACCAGCUGAAAACUGCUCAGAGGAUCACUGACCUUUUGAAUAAAACUGAAGGAUACCAGGAUGCUUCAUGUACAAUGCAAAAUAGUCUUGAAUGCAUGCAAAAACUCACAGCAGUACUUCAAAGUGAUUUUAAUAGGCUUGAGAAUAAAAACAAAUCAGCUGCUCAUGUAAUGAGCAUCUUGCAGUCUAAUAUUGAUAACUACAAACAACGAACACAGCGAUCCGUGCAGAUACACAUGGUUCAUAUUACAGCAAGAAAAAAGCAAAUGGAAGAAACCAAGGAUGCACUAAAAACUGAACUGGAGCAGAACAAACUGUUGGCAAAUGACUACAAAUGUUUAAGGAAGAUCCUCCUUGAGGUCAAAAAAGAGGCAGUUUCUAUACUGAGCAAGAAAAGACAAGCACAUGAAACAUUUAAUUAUUACACACAGCUCUCUUUGUUGCAGAAGAGGAUGCACAAAGAUUUGGAAUACUUACAACAACGCACCCUCUACAGCCAGGCUGAACUGGAUCGGUGCCAGGCUCUUUCCCAAGAGACCAACAAGAAAAUAAAAGCAGCCGAGGACAAGUUGUCGAAAGAUACUGAGCUCAUCGCAUCAUUUCUGGAAUCCCUGACAGAUGCCUGGACUAAGACAGAUACCACCGACAAUGCUUGGGGUCAAAAGCAAGCCAGCUCAGAUGCUGCCGGAUUAAAUGAGUAG